CAUCCUUGUGCGUUCACAAGAGGUGUUGCUGCCGGUGGACGUGGAGCGACGGAGAAGAGCGGAGAAAAAGAGACCAAAACCUCACCGCAGGCGACCAUUCCUUUAAGACUGGUGUCAUUUAACUGAUAUAUAACAUUCGUUUUCAGAUUACUUUCUUUUUUCCCCCUCUCCAAUAUCAAAGCUGCUUAAUAUGUGUUGGAUCUAACGCCUGCAAGGAGGAGAAAAAAAAGGGAGACCAGACUCCUCUGGUAGAUGUGGACACCUGAACUGUAGACAUGGGAAAUAUAGUGAAUUUAUUUUUUUCUAUUCUUCUGGUUUUUUGGGUAUGCGCGUUCGGGGGUUCGCCCAGUGUUCAAAUUGGGGGACUUUUUCCAAGGGGCGCGGAUCAAGAGUACAGCGCGUUUCGGAUAGGAAUGGUUCAAUUUGGAACCUCGGAAUUCAGACUGACACCUCAUAUUGAUAAUCUGGAGGUGGCCAACAGUUUCGCGGUCACCAACUGUUUCUGUUCGCAGUUCUCGAGAGGAGUCUACGCCAUAUUUGGGUUCUACGAUAAGAAGUCUGUCAACACCAUUACAUCGUUUUGUGGCACUCUACAUGUCUCCUUCAUAACGCCUAGCUUUCCUCUGGACGGGAAUCAACAGUUCAUUAUCCAGAUGCGGCCUGAUAUCAGGGGGCCACUCCUCAGCCUUAUUGAGUACUACAAGUGGGACAAGUUUGCCUAUCUAUACGACAGCGAUCGAGGCCUCACCACUCUGCAGGUUGUUCUGGACACAGCAGCUGAAAAGAAGUGGCAGGUGACAGCCAUCAAUGUGGGAAACCUUAAAGAUGAGAGGAAGGAUGAGGCUUACCGCUCACUUUUCCAAGAUCUGGAGAACAAGAAAGAGAGAAGGGUGAUCCUGGACUGUGAACAAGACAAAGUGAAAGACAUCAUGGAGCAGGUCAUCACAAUUGGGCGACAUGUUAAGGGCUAUCACUAUAUCAUUGCUAAUUUGGGUUUUGUUGAUGGAGACCUUUCCAAAAUUCAGUAUGGCGGAGCCAACGUUUCAGGCUUUCAGAUUGUGGAUUUUGAUCAUCCUUUGGUUUCAAAGUUUGACCAACGAUGGGAGGCCCUGGAAGAAAAGGAAUAUCCAGGAGCAGACAGCAAAAUAAGGUAUACAUCAGCUCUGACCUACGAUGCUGUGCAGGUGAUGACGGAAGCCUUCAGAUACCUACACAAGCAGCGCAUUGACUUUACAAGGAGGGCUAACACAGGGGACUGUUUAGCUAAUCCAGCUGUGCCUUGGGCUCAGGGAGUGGAAAUUGAGCGAGCGCUGAAACAGGUCCGUGUGGAAGGCCUGUCUGGAAAUAUUCAGUUUGAUCAACAUGGCAAGAGAGUCAAUUACUCUGUGAAUAUAAUGGAACUAAAGAGUAAUGGUCCAGUUAAGAUUGGAUACUGGAAUGAAGUCGACAAAAUGGCUGUGACCAAAUCAGAUGUCUUUAGCAACGACACAACAGGAAUGGAAAACAAAACAGUGAUUGUAACCACCAUCUUGGAAGCUCCAUAUGUCAUGCUGAAAAAGAACGCUGACCUUUUUGUGGACAAUGAGCGCUACGAGGGUUACUGCGUUGAUCUGGCUGCAGAGAUAGCAAAGCACUGUGGCUUUAAGUAUCAGCUGAAAAUAGUGGGUGAUGGAAAGUACGGAGCCAGAGAUGCAGAAACCAAAAUCUGGAAUGGAAUGGUUGGAGAGUUGGUGUAUGGGAAAGCAGAUAUAGCAGUGGCCCCGCUGACCAUAACAUUGGUGCGCGAGGAGGUGAUUGACUUCUCCAAGCCCUUCAUGUCUCUGGGAAUCUCCAUCAUGAUCAAAAAGCCUCAGAAAUCUAAACCUGGAGUCUUUUCUUUCUUGGAUCCUCUGGCUUAUGAGAUCUGGAUGUGCAUUGUUUUCGCCUACAUCGGCGUCAGUGUGGUGCUGUUUCUCGUUAGCCGCUUCAGCCCCUAUGAGUGGCACACAGAGGAGUAUGAGGACGGGCAGAUCCAGACCAAUGAAUCGACUAACGAGUUUGGCAUAUUUAACAGCCUGUGGUUCUCACUUGGAGCUUUCAUGAGGCAAGGAUGUGACAUCUCUCCUCGAUCCUUGUCGGGGCGUAUUGUCGGUGGCGUCUGGUGGUUUUUUACUCUAAUCAUCAUCUCCUCCUACACUGCUAACCUGGCUGCCUUUUUGACUGUCGAGAGAAUGGUCUCUCCAAUUGAAAGUGCGGAGGAUCUGGCCAAACAGACUGAGAUAGCAUAUGGAACUCUAGACUCUGGCUCCACAAAAGAGUUUUUUAGGCGCUCCAAAAUUGCCCUCUUUGACAAAAUGUGGACUUACAUGCGCAGUGCAGAGCCCUCUGUGUUUGUGAAAACCACAGCGGAAGGCGUCCAGAGAGUCCGGAAGUCUAAGGGGAAGUAUGCCUACCUACUAGAGUCCACCAUGAAUGAAUACAUCGAGCAGCGAAAGCCGUGUGACACCAUGAAGGUGGGAGGUAACCUGGACUCCAAAGGCUACGGGAUCGCCACGCCCAAAGGAUCCUCAUUAAGAAAUGCGGUUAACCUCGCAGUACUAAAACUGAAUGAGCAAGGCCUGUUGGACAAAUUGAAAAACAAAUGGUGGUACGACAAAGGAGAGUGCGGCAGCGGGGGAGGUGAUUCCAAGGAGAAGACCAGUGCCCUAAGCCUGAGCAACGUGGCUGGGGUCUUCUACAUUCUGGUCGGCGGACUCGGUUUGGCCAUGCUGGUGGCCUUGAUAGAGUUCUGUUACAAGUCCCGAGCCGAGGCGAAACGAAUGAAGGUGGCAAAGAAUGCACAGAAUAUUAACCCAACUUCCUCGCAGAAUUCACAGAAUUUUGCAACUUAUAAGGAAGGUUACAACGUAUAUGGGAUCGAAAGUGUAAAAAUUUAGGGGGGAGUACUGGGGAGAAUGGUCGGGUGAUGACUCCAGAGUUUCCCAAAGCUGUCCACGCAGUCCCGUAUGUGAGACCUGACAUGGGGCUAAACGUCAGCCUGACAGAUCUAUCCUGAUCACUGAGAAACUCCUGAGUGCCUUACAAUGGUUUUGAUAGAGGGAUCGUUUUUGUUUCAUAUCCUCCCUCCUUUGAGUUCACUAUUUGUUUUUUUUGUCUUGUGAAAAAGUAAAGGUCUGGAUAGAGGUUUCUUUUUCUCUAUCAAAGACUUAUACUGCGCUCUCUAUCUACAUUUUCCAUGAAACGCUUUCUUUGAAGGGUUACAUUUUAUUUAAAAUAUAAAGAGGUGGCUUUUGUUUUCUAAACUUGUGAUAUCAUGCUUUUCUACCUGCUUGAACUGGACUGAGUCAGAAGCAAGGGCUUGAUUUACGGCUGCAGUUUGCCCCGCUGUGUUUGUGUACCUGUGUGGUGUGCAUGAGUGUGUGCAACAGAGAGGGUGUGUGUGUGUGUGUGGGUGUGUGUGUGUGUGUGUGUGUGAGAGUGAAAGGGGAAAAUAAAAAAUAAAAUAAAAACUGUUUCUGUAGUCCCCCACCACCAAACUGGAUUUUCAAGCACACUUUAUAUCAUCUCCAUUAAGCUGUGUAAUGGUGUUUUUUUUGUUUCUCUAUUUGAUUGUUUUUGUUUGUUUUUUUUUUUUGUUCUUUUUGUAAGAAAAGAAAAAAAAAAGAGAAAAAAAUGUUUUUAUGUAUUUUCACAGAAUAGCUUUUAAAGAAACCUGGGAGCAUACUGGUUGGAUAUAACCACUUAACAUGUGAGUUCAGAGAAAGUAAAAAGUACUUAACAGCUUCUAGUUCCAUAUUUUGAAAGCCAAAUACAUUGAGAAAUAGAGAGUGAGAUCUUAAAGUCAUGUAAUUAAUUCUUAAUUAAAAAAAACUUUCCUGUAUAUUUUAUUCUUUAACAUUAGGUGUUGAUAUGAUCUUUAAGUCAAUGCUUGAUAUUUGGAAAUAAUCCUUCUUGGCUUUUUAUUGUUGGAGUUGCUGCAGCAAUUUACCUUCAUUCUUUGUCUCUGUUUGCUUCAGUGCUUUUGCUACUUGUGUUUUUUUCUGAUGAGGACAACGGUUACCACUCUGUUUUUCAAGAAAAAAACUAAUGUGUUUACAUGCCAUGAAUGGAAACCACUGAACAGUAUGUUAGAGCAUUUUAGCAUUACAUUUGGAAUAUAAAUCAUGAGGCAUCAACAUUCAUAUGGCUUAGAUGAUGGUUCAAAAUGCCAAAUAAGUAAGAGUGCCAAAUUCUAGUGCCAGUAGAAAUAACAUAGUUUUAUUAUAACAAAUAACUGUCAUCUCAGUGAAUGUAAAUGACUCUGAUACAUUCUACAGUAUAACUUUUGUGUACAGUUGAUGGCAAUGACAAUGCUAAUAACAAUAGCCUUUUCGCUUUGUUUUCCUGUCUCCAUAUAUUUUGCAUUGAGCUGACAAUGAAGUAGCACCAGUUGCAUGUUGUUGCCGCAUAUACUACAUAUGUUUGUUUCAUUACUGCCAAGCAUCCGUUUUCAUUUUAAUGUUAUGAUUGUGAGGUUAACUGUUUGAAAUUGGAACUAUAAUGUAAGACAUACAGUAUAUAUAUAAAUAUAUAUAUAUAUAUAUAGAUAUACACAAAAUAUAUAUGCAUAAAACAUAUAUUUUAUAUAAAAUGUUAAAACAUUCGAAUAUUAUACCC